CUCCAAUAAACAUCAUCCCGUGCCUUCGACAAUUGGGACGGCUAGAACAAAAGCCCAGUGACUGUCGAAACCCUUCAUCCCGCUCCUCUUACUCCGAAAUGGACGAAAUCCCCGUCGCUUUCUAUCUGUCCACUGUUUUUGUAAGUACGCAGAGUAAUCUUUCGAUUCUGUCUCACUCUUCCGGCCGAUCUCUUUGUACCGGAUGGCCUGGCGACGUCUUACAUGCAGAGACCUUGAACCAUUCAAAUUUGGGAUACAUGGCAUCAUGUAAGGGAGAAUGCCACAGGGCCAUUGUUGCUGAAUCCAGGAGGGUUGAAUUCAUUGUAUCUAUUUUGGCGGCAUCGGGAUUAGGGCAGAGAAGCCGUUGGUGCCAUAGCUGGGGUUGAUCGAGCACGACUCUCCUUCUGUGCGGUUUCCGGCAAUGUUCGGAUACAUGAGGGUUGAUGGAGAAAGAAAGCUGGCUGGGGAAAGAACCAUGGGGUUAUACAAAGAUGAGAAAAAAAGCUCAGACAAAUCAACCUUCCUGUCUUUAAAACCUGGAGAAGCUUUACCUACCAAAGUCAUUCCUGUCGUGACCCUCGAUAACCACGAGCCUUGGAAGAAACGAAUCUUUGAUCCCGGAAGUGAUGUCAUGAUCAAAUGGAACCAUGUUUUUCUCACCACAGGCUUGAUUGCUCUAUUUAUAGAUCCCCUGUUUCUCUACUUGUCUUCAAUUGAGAAUGGGGAUAAAAUCUCAUGUGUGAGAAAGAUAGACCGGGGUUUGAAAGUUGCAGUUACUAUUUGCCGGUCUAUUGCUGACACAUUUUAUUUAUUGCAUAUUUUUUUCAAGUUUCGAACAGCAUUUAUUGCGCCAAAUUCUAGGGUUUUUGGAAGGGGAGAACUUGUCAUGGACCCUAAACAGAUAGCAGAAAGGUAUUUGAAAACAGAUUUCCUUAUUGAUUUUUUGGCGGCGCUACCUUUGCCACAGAUAGUUGUCUGGUUAGUGAUACCAGGUGCGAGACACUUGAAUCCUCAGGAGAACAAUAACACACUGGCUCUUAUUGUUUUGAUCCAGUACAUUCCAAGGCUUUACCUCAUCUUUCCUAUGAGCCAUCAAAUCAUAAAAACCACCGGUGUCGUUGCAAAGACUGCUUGGGCAGGGGCUGCAUAUAAUCUUCUCCUUUAUAUGAUUGCUAGCAAUGUUAUUGGGGCUGUGUAUUAUCUGCUAACUAUCGACCGGCAAACAACUUGCUGGAAAUCAGAAUGCAGGCUAGAGAACGGCGUUUCAGGAUCUACUUGCUAUAUGAAGUAUCUGGACUGUGACUUUACGAGUUCUGUUGAUCCAACAUGGGCCCGCAACACCAGUGUGUUUUCUGCUUGCAACGCUAGUGAUGAUUCUAUAAAUUUCAACUACGGCAUAUAUCAAAAUGCGUUGACAACCGGUGCAGUGUCCACAAGCUUUUUUAGGAAGUAUUUUUAUAGCCUUUGGUGGGGUUUGCAAAAUUUAAGCACAUUUGGCCAGGGGUUGACUUCAAGCACUUUCGUGUGGGAGACUUCAUUUUGUUCACUCAUAGCCCUUCUUGGACUUGUUCUGCUUGCACAUUUGAUUGGCAACAUGGAGACCUAUUUGCAAUCUGUUACCAUAAAGCUUGAGGAAUGGAGGUUAAAGAAACGGGAUACUGAACAAUGGAUGAGGCACCGCCAGCUACCUCAGGAAUUGCGGGAACGGGUCAAACGUUUUGUACAGUAUAAGUGGUUUGCAACCCGAGGUGUGGACGAAGAGGCUGUAUUACAAGAUCUGCCGGGCGAUCUUCGGCGAGAUAUUCAAUGCCAUUUAUGCUUGGAUCUUGUCCGCAGGGUUCCUUUUUUCUCCCAGAUGGAUGAUCCGCUCCUCGAUGCAAUAUGUGAGCGCUUAGUUUCAUCCCUAUACACUGAAGGUUCUUACAUUGUUCGCGAAGGCGAUCCUGUAACUGAGAUGUUAUUUGUGAUCCGUGGAAAGCUCGAGAGCUCAACCACCAAUGGCGGUCAAACAGGUUUCUUCAACUCCAUAACUCUAAGGGCGGGUGACUUUUGUGGAGAAGAGCUUCUUUCAUGGGCCUUACUUCCAACCACAAACCUUCCCUCCUCUACUCGAACCGUUCGGGCUCUUGUUGAAGUAGAGGCCUUUGCUUUAAGGGCAGAUGAUCUAAAUUUUGUGGCUAGCCAAUUCAGGAGGCUCCAUAGCAAGAAACUUCAACAUACCUUUAGGUUCUACUCCCAUCAUUGGAGAACGUGGGCUGCUUGCUUCAUUCAAGCAUGGUGGCGCAGGUAUAAGAGAAGGAUGUCUAAGACUCAUAGCUUGGGUGAGUCAUUCUUCUCUGCAGCUGAAAGCAUAGCUACUCAUGAAUCUGAGGACGAAUAUGAGGAUGUGGCUGGUCGAAACUCAUCAAACGCCUCUCAACUCGAGCAAAAUAUUGGAGCCAAGAUUCUGCCUUUGAAGUUUUCUAAAAGCACCAGGAGGGGAGCCCAGAGAAGUGAAGGCGUUGAUAUAUCCAAGUUGAGGAAGCCUGAUGAGCCUGAUUUUUCUGCUGAUGAUCAUGACUAGUGCUAAUUCUGGAAUGCCACAAUUGUGAUGAACCUAAAAAAUGAAAAUCUUCUCUCUAGCUCCUUGGGAGCCAACCCAGCAAUGAAGUGAGUCCGACUGUUCAAUUUUAAUAGGGAAAUUUACAUACUUAGCACUCAAUUCUUAUAUAUUUACAUAUCUCUCGUC